AUGGAAGUUGCGGACUCUUUAAAUGUUACUUCCCAAGUUAUUAAUGAAGGUUCGAAAGAAGUGAUCUAUGACUCUAUCGAUUGGAUCUCGCGCGCUAUUCCAGAAACUUUCGAUUUGGGAACGAUAGCUGUGGAACUGACUUGCGUGGCUUCGUCGUUUAAUUUUGUGGUUUUUGGGACAGGAUGUGGAACUUUGUUUGUAUACAACAAAAAACUUGGCAGACUUGCUCGACCGCUGCGAACGAACAGUUUCGAAGCGGUAACUUGUAUCCAUCAUCUUGGCCUUCUUGAUGACUAUGUUAUAGUGGGACACAAUACUGGUACUUUGAUAGCAAUACGGCUGCCGAGCGGUCGAGAAGGAUCUAGUACAUCCGUUGCCUCUGGGGACGCUUCUGGCACUGUGAUUCUAUCAACAGUGACUUUCGAUACGGGUGAAUUCUACCACUGCUUUCUGUUCGAAGACGCAUAUUCUAUUGCUGCAUUGGAGUUUUCUGGUGAAUCAGUGAUAAUUCAUAAUGGCUCUCAACUACUUCUUGUUAACACGAGACCACAAAUGGACACUCGAGUAAUAUGUGAUCAUGUAGAAAGAACUGUUGCCAUUGGUAUACGUUGUACAGCUUCUUUCGUUUAUGUAGCAGAAAAAUUCCGUCUUUGUAAAUAUUCGACCUCCUUGUACAACUGUGGUGUAAUCGCGACAAAUGCGGUGGUUGGCGGAACGGGUUUCUUUGUGUCUGUCGAAUGGAAUUUGGACGGAACUAAGCUGGCAGUACUAUCUAGUUCCAAUGUUUUCGUUAUGUUUGAUUUGAUUCGUUCUGAAGUCCUGUGGAGGGCACCCCUUAAUGAUUACCUUCGCUGCUUCGUCGGUGACUUCUGCGUGGAUGAUGACGAUUCGAUUCUUUACGUCACAAAGCCUCGCGGUUUCCAUCGAGUUGGAGUGACAACCACUGCGAAUUUCAUAAACAAAGGAGAGAGUGAUCUUCGAUCUACGUCUCUGCUGUCUUCUCCGAAAAAGUUACUCUCAAACAGUGCUUUUCGCGUAACUCAAAGAGGUUUUUCCUUUUUAAACAAUGCUCUCAGCGUUGCCAAGGACAUCACUGUGAAUUCCGAAGUUAGCAGCUUGCUGGAGGAUGCUUUGAAGAAGAUGGAUAUUCAGAAAGAUGCGGAGCAUGUGAAAGAAGUGAGAGAUAAUGCUACGGAUCGCAAAGAUCUCUGCAAUGAUUCUAUGUUGGCUGCAUAUGUUCGCCCUCCUGUAAAUAUACCACCAAUUAUAAAGGAACACCACGAUGUCUUUGUAAAACGAAAGGAAAAAAUACGUUGCAAAAAAGGAAGUCGCUCAGAGAAUAUGGAUAGAUUUGGGGCUGUUGAGACUGAGAACCAAGUGACAAUCGACGAGGGCACCAUUCUCGCUUUAAGAAAGGAAGUUCUUGGAAACAACAUCUUGUGCAGUAGUCCAUGCAGCUCCGGGGCUAGUAUGGAAGAAACACUGACAUGCAGCCCUGGAGAGAGCCCGCUUAUCUCGGGUCUCUACAUGAAAGCGUCAGAUUGCACAAAAACAUCUUCCACCCCUUCUUCAUCAAGAGACUCUUCCACUGUAAGAAGAGGACAGCUUACAUUGCAAGGUGAUGAAGACAAUGAAAAUAAUGACUGUAAAGAUGGAAACCCCUCGAAUGCAUCGUAUUUCGUGGAGCCAACAACUAAUACGGAAACGUCAUCGCGUGGAGCAGAAUCAGUAACUUCCGCGUACGAGUAUCUUCUGCAUAAGAACGUCACGAAGCCUUCAACAUUAGAGUUUAAACCUUCAACUUCUAACGGCACCGCUGUUUUGUUGCGAAAUCAGGUCAUUCGGGAAAGGUCGCAGAAGAACGUUGUGCUUAAUGAUCAAGUUGACAUAUGGAUGAAGAUUUUCCUUCCAUACACGGCUAAGUCGUUCGCGGUAGGAUGUGAUCAUAUUGUUUUAUGUCACAAAAAGAAAACUCCCCGCAUUCUCUCACUUGAUGCACUAGGAUCAAAGAAGCCGCUUUGGCUGGUGGCAAAAUGGUCAGCUGAUAGCGUGGCGAUGAAUGACAGGGAAUCGAUCGUAUGGAGAGUUCAUAACAAUGCUGGUUGGUGCGCUGUCGAUUCUUUAACUACAUCCACACGCUUCGAAGAAUGUGCAACCGAUGGAGGAGGUGUAAUUGAGGUGUCCGUAGGAAGUAACAUUGCGUGGUAUCUAACAAGAGAAGGGGUGUCCGUUCAAAUGGAGUUGCCAGAGAAGGCUAUUUUCUCAAGGGUCGACUGUGACUGGACACUGCGAUCUAUUUCGGCUUCCGAUGACGCUGUGUGGGCAAUAAGACGCGAUGUCGGAAGUUUAGUUGUACGAGUGGGAUUAGCGAGAUGCAGAAUGGGUCUUGACUGGAUCGAGAUAGUCCCAGAGGGUCCGUCGAAACUAGUGUCUGUUUGUGUGUACCGUUCCUAUGGGUUUGCAUUAGAUGACACAGGUCGCCUCUGGAUGAGUACUGGUGUAGAUCGGCAUCAUCCUUACGGUAGUAGUGAUGCGUUCUACAAGGUGUGUUUACCUUUUUUCGAUGGGAAAGCUCCACCUACCAUUGCGUGGACUGUCAAGGCAUCUUCUACCGGACUGUUUCUUUGUGCUGGGAAAGUUAUGCUCGUUGUAAGGAGCGCUUUAUCUGCGCAUAGGUUUCCGCGAGAAGUUCCUGCCAAGUUUGACAUGUUGGACAACUUUUCAAUGCUGUCGUCUGGAUCUUACAUUGGCUGUUCAGGAUAUAUUUAUCUUUGCCGACAGGAUUCCGAAAUAUUUGUGUAUCGACCAACAAGGCGCAACUUCGUCACCAUCAGCAUUCCUUCAACGUCACAAGCGGUAGUUUCUUUAUGCGGCACUCGUGAGAAUUUGUCUCUUAUUGACAGCGCUGGAAAAGUGUUCCACUGUGAUGGCGAGUCUCCGAAUUGGGUUGCUGAAACAGAUCUUCCAGAUUGUGUGUGCUCUAUUGCUCAGAGUAAGCUAGCCCGUUGGGCGAUUACGUGUACUGGUGCCCUGUUCAUCAAGCAGGCAGGUUCAAAUAUAUGGAAUAAUGUCAUAGCACCGGCUGAUGUAGAGAGCAAGGUUGUUCCAGCGCAAGUCUUUACUUCUCCAAAUGGAAUCUAUGUUUGGGUUCUUUCUGAUGGGCGUGGUUGGGCACGCACUAACGUCAAUGAGAGGAAUCCCGCCGGUGUGAAAUGGACUGAGACAUAUCACACUUCGGAAUUAUACAGCCUUGCCGUAGGAGAUAACGUUGUUUGGGCUCUUGACAGCUCCGGCCAGUUGCUUAGACUGCGCGGUUUGGCGGCUGGUAAUCCAGCUGGCAACUACUGGCGACCCAUUUCGCAAGCAGUGUUUAGAGAGAUUUCCGUGGAUGCUCAAAGUGAACUGUGGGCGAUAGACAUGGAAAAUCGUUUAGUUCGGCAUUUGAGUGAUGUGUACGUGCCAGAGCAGUUGUUCACAAAUGAGGCGCCAAGCCCAUUUGAGCUCAUAUGA